UAUGGGUUGCGCGGGAAUUGUGAUUGUGCGACGAUGAAAAUAUACCUAUAUAAAGGCCGCUGAAGGCUGUUAAAAUCUCAUCCUCAUCCUGUUUGAAAUAACCCUACACGUCAAAUAACCAUCUCAACCAUGACCGCAAUCCGCAACAUCGCUAUCGCCGGAGCCUCAGGCGACCUCGGCUCCCCCAUCCUCCACGCCCUCAUCUCAAGCAACGUCUUCAACAUAACCGUCCUCACGCGCGACUCCUCCAAGGCUCAAUUCCCCCCCUCCACCCGCGUCAUCCGCGUCGACUACACCUCCAUCCCCUCCCUCACCGCCGCCCUCCACAACCAAGAUGCCGUGAUCUCCGCCCUAACCAGCUCAGCGAUGGACACCCAAGACCUCCUCAUCAAAGCCUCCAUCGCCGCCGGCGUAAAGCGCUUCAUACCCUCUGAAUUCUCCUCGAACAUAGGUAAUCCCAAGAGCGCCACAUUGCCCGUCUACCAGUCGAAGAUCGCGGUGCAUGAGCUCCUAAAGCGGUUGGCGAGCGAGAAUCCGGGAUUCACGUAUACGUUGAUCCGGAAUGGGCCGUUCUUGGAUUGGUGUUUGAUGAAGGGGGUUUUUGUCGAUUUUAAGGGGACGACUACGCCGUUUUAUGAUGGCGGGGAUAGGCGGUUUAGUACGACAACUUUGAAUACCAUUGGGCGCGCGGUGGUGGGUGUGCUGCUGCACCUCGAUGAGACGAAAAACCGUGCAGUGUUUAUUCAUGACCUCGUCACGACGCAGAGGGAGAUCCUUGGUAUGGCGGAGAAGUUGGCGCCGGGGCGGACGUGGACGCCGGUGGAUGUGAGUACUGCGGACAUGGAGGCUGUUGCGCAGGGGAAUUAUGCGAAGGGUGUGGUGGAUUUGGGGGCAUCGAUGGGGUUCUUGAUGCGUGCGGUUUUUGGGGAGGGGUAUGGAGGGGAGUUCGAGGAGGUGGAUAAUGAAAUGCUUGGGAUUCCGUUGAAGACUGAUGAUGAACUGGAGGGAUUGGUUGGAGCGGCAUUGGCUACGUUGGAAGCCUAA